UUACUUUUGCCAGUCCUUAUCCUGUUAAGUCGGUUUCUGCUGGAAACUAAUCUCUCUUUCAUUCCCUUCCAAAACCUAAGCUCAGCCGUCACCUCGUUGGUACCGGAAGAGAGCGGCGGCACGGAAGAUCUGCUGCGACAGGUGCAUCCACGCAUCGUGUAGGGUUCUCCAUCUGUCGCUAAUCCCGUUUGAAGACCAGCGAGGUCAUCAGUCAGAUCCCCAUAAGAGCAGAGAGUGACAGAGCAGAGGUGUAUACAGGUACACAAACUGAAGCACUGGGAGCGAUGCAGCAAAUGGACUUUACACUUUACGACUUUUAGAAAUGAUCAUCUGAGCGCGUCCACGGGGAGAUACAACGCACAGAUUGAACAAAGGCACAUCGAGUUCGGAAAAGACCUCCGCCUGAUUCACCGACAGUCGUCUACGCAGGACAAAACUCAGGAAAUGGAUUCCCUCAUGUCGCUGGGUGCUCCCCUGAAGCAGUUCACCAGCUGUGUGUCGGGAAAAAGCGCCACCACCAAGCGGGUGGCCAAGAGGAGCGAGUCGGUCCGCAGGAACAGCUUCACCCGCAGGAAGAGCAUCAGCAGGAGGAGAAGCCUUCCCUGCACCACUCAGAAAGUCCCGGACUCCUGGCUCCGGUCGUACCAGGCUGAACUGAAGAGAGAAAGGAAGCGCCAGCAAGCCAUACUGGCCAAGAAGAACGCAGAAAGGACUGUCAGGAAAACUCACUUCAGGAGCCACCACUGCCUCCCAAGGCAGACCACCGGUGCCAGGAAAGCAGCCCCAGCAAAGGACGAUUCCUUCUUUGGAGCCUUUCAGGGUCUGAGUCUGGACGGGCUGAUGGGAAACCCUACAGGAACCUGCGCUGCUCCUCCUGCGGGUGCUGAUCCGUGCAAAGUCAUGUGAGACUCAACACUGAAGGACAAACGGACUUUUUUUUAAAUUUAUUUAUUUAUUUUAAAGAGUUCCCGACAAAGGAGAUUUGAUGGAGAAAGAAGAUCUGGAUUUAAAAUAAGGCAGUAUCACACUUUAUAAUCCAAGAAUGUGUUUCUUCAUUAUUGUGUAUUAAAUAUUGCUCCCCCUAGCAGAAA